GGGGCGUGACGGGGCCGGAAGGUGGCGGGAGGGAGCCGAACCGGAGCCGGCGGGAGGGCCAGGCCAGAGGCCCCCAACCUGGCUUGCCCGCCCCGGCCGCGGCUGAGGAGGAAGAGGAGGAUGAUCUCCAGAUACACUCGGAAGGCGGUGCCACAGAACUUGGAGCUGAAAGGAAUAACAAAACAUCCUCUUAAUCAUCAUCCCCUUCCAGAGCAGCUGGAUGCAAUUUCCUCUACCAAUGACAGCCAUGAAAACGACAUAAGUUCCCAAAGUGAGUCUGACAUCACACAAGAAUCACCUUUUACAUCAGCUGACACUGGGAAUUCAAGGUCUGCUUUUCCAAGUUAUACAGGCACAGGGAUCUCUACUGAAGGCAGCUCGGACUUCUCCUGGGGAUAUGGUGAACUUGAUCAAAAUGCCACUGAAAAAGUCCACGCAAUGUUCACAGCCAUUGACGAGCUCUUGUAUGAGCAGAAGUUGAGUGUACAUAUUAAAAGUCUACAAGAAGAGUGCCAACAGUGGACAUGUAGCUUUCCUCACCUCAGGAUUCUGGGUAGGCAGAUAAUCACUCCAAGUGAAGGUUAUGGACUGUAUCCUAGAUCCCCUUCUGCUGUUUCAGCUUCACAUGAGACAACAAUGUCUCAAGAAAGAGAUUCUACUAUAUUUGGUAUUAGGGGAAAGAAGUUACAUUUUUCAUCUUCAUAUGCUCCUAAAGCAUCUUCCAUUGCCAAAUCCCCUAGCUUGUGUUCUAUGGAAAGAGAAGAGGAAGACUGUAUAAUCUUCUCGGAAGGAAUAAUAGAGGAAUACCUAGCAUUCGACCACACAGAUAUGGAAGAGGGGUUUCAUGGAAAGAAAUCAGAAGCAGCUACAGAGAAACAGAAAUUAGGGUACCCACCUAUUGCUCCAUUUUACUGCAUGAAAGAGGAUGUCCUUGCUUAUGUGUUUGACGAUGUGUGGAGCAAGGUCCUAAGCUGUAUGGAGCAGCUGACACGUAGUCACUGGGAGGGAUUUGCUUCUGAUGAUGACAGUAAUGUUGCAAUCACCAGACCAGCUUCAGAAAGCCCCUGUGUGCUGAAUGCACCACAACCUUUGGUCUUACCUCGAGUGCCACAGUCUAAGGUGCUGUCCAUCACCUCAAAUCCGAUGAGUCUCUGUCAAGCAGCAAGUGGUCAUCAGCCAAAUGUGAAUGGUCUCUUGGUUCAUGGGAUGCCUCUACAGCCAAGAAAUCUCUCCCUAAUGGACAAGCUCCUAGAUCUUGAUGACAAGCUACUUAUGAGGCCUGGGUCCAGUACCAUCCUUUCAACUCGAAAUUGGCCAAAUCGAGCCCUGGAGCUUAGUACAUCAUUUCUGUCAUAUACAGUGCAGUCCGCCAGGAGACGCAAUCCCCCACCACGUACCCUUCAUCCCAUCAGCACAAGCCAUUCACGCGCUGGAACACCAAGACCUAUGGAAGAAAUACUCAGAGGAUCCCGAGUCCCAGUGGCGGCCGACUCACUCUCCUCUCCCUCACCACUGCCCCUGAGUCGAAAUAAUCUGCUGCCACCUAUUGGCACAGCUGAAGUGGAACACUUGAGUACUGUGGGGCCACAAAGGCAAACGAAAACCCAUGGCGAUUCCAGUCGAGCUCGAAGUGCAGCGGUGGAUGAGCCUAACCAUCAGCAGCCCCACGAGAGGCUCCUUUUACCAGACUUUUUCUCCAGGCCCAAUACAACUCAGUCAUUUCUGCCGGACACACAGUAUCGUCGUUCAUGUGCUACUGAGCAUCCUCAUCAGGCCCGACCUGGUAGGGGAUCUGCAGGAACAGGUCCUCAGUUACAUGGAUCUACAAAAUCUCAAAACAGAGGUGGACCUAUCACUAGAACCAGGCAGGGACCAUAGGGCAAGUGAGAAGAACCUGCCUCAUGCUGCAGGGAACAUGUGGGAAGAUUUCACAAAUCAGUGUUCAGUCAUCUCGUGAUGCAGAGCUUGUAAACAGGAGACAACUUGAAACUAUCUUCAUGAAGAGUUAUUUUGGUACAACAGACUGAGAACAGUAUCAGCCAAAGAUUACAUGGGUACUGCUUCUAUCUCCAGUUACUGUCUUCUUUCAGCAUAAGUUAACCAUUUCACUGGACAGUAAAAUUUGUACCCAAAGAUGUAACAAAAGAGUAAUAUCCUCCAAAUCACUGUUCAUAUUGUCUGUUAACAAUGAUCAGUUCAAUUAU